AUGGCUGUGGUUUCCGUGGGGAACGACUUGCAGACCCCCAUCGAAGUGAAGCUUCGAAGUGGGGACUGGCAGGUGGUGUAUCCCCAGAAGUCUUGGGAUGUCGACGUAUCGGAUGUAGUGGCCACUUCCGUGGAGAUCCGGUUGCGAGAAAAUCCAGCAUUGAAGGGCAGCUGCAAGGUUACCGAUGGCUCCUCAGUGAAAGGCCGCGACCGAGCCGAGGCCCGGGAGUUGACCCGCGAAGGAAAGCGACGGGAGGAAGCCCAGAUGCGGACGGAAGCGAUGAUCCAGGAGGCUGUCACCAAGUGGCGGAGCGCAACAUUUGUGAAGAGUUUGUCAAUUUUCAUUGGCCUUGAUUUACCCAUCCUGAUCCUUUCCGUUGUAAUUCCGCCCGGAAGCGCUCUUGGGGCCGCAGUGUUGGAGUUCUUGGCGUUAGUGUCAGGCAUCCCCUUCAUUGCUCUGGGUGUUGUUUUCAGCUGGCCAAGACUAAUGGACUCUGCUUUUGGAAACUACGCUGUCUUGUUCCGUUUUGGCUUUCGUCUUCUGGGGUUCCUUGCGCUGGCCUUGCUGCUGCUGCAGACGGUCCAACACGCUCUGCAAGGGUUGGGAUUCCGCGGAAAGCUCAGGGAGCGUCAUCCGCGAACGCGGGCGGCCGUGCGUGGCCAGCUGGCCUGGGAGUACGCGGGAGCAUGGGAAUCCCUCGUGUCGCAAGGCCGGAAUGGCGAGGUCAGCGCAGCGGUGGUGUUCCUCCCUGAGGGCACGGACGACUACGGCCAGUGCGACAGCAUCCCCGAAGCUGAAGGCUUGCCCGGCACCUGCUGGUGCACGCCCCUCUACGGUGAACAGAAGCCCUGGGGGUGCAGGUGGUUUACCAAAUGGCGGGAGAACAUCGAGACGGCGGUGCAGUCCGGAGCAGAGCUGGAAGUUUACUACUUCCAGAACCGCGUUGGCAAAGGCAAGGUGGAGAGCUUCGACACGGCAGGCGACGACAACCUCCACAGGGAGAAGGUGAACCAGAAGCAACGCGACUUCGAGGAGUCUCCCGAGUUCCAGCAGGCGCUGGACGCAGGUCUCGGCAACCUCUCCAAGGAACCGCGUGGCGACGGAUCCUCCCAGUACAGCCGUGAAGCCCGGCGCCUGUUCCUCGCCUCCCUCUCGGAGACAGAGCGCGAGUAUCUGGCCACCGCAGAGGGCCUCGGCAACUCUCAGAAAGCCGAGGUCGCCUGGCUGGAAAAGAAGUGCUACACAUACUGGGAGGUGGACGUCUGCAC